AUGGCUGCUCAAACUCUAUCCAAACACGAGUUGUUCGAUCGAAUCGAGUCAAGUAUUGCUCGGAUGAUCGAUAUUCUCAAAAAUCGACCUCGAUUCCCUACCCUUGCUCCAAAACCCAUUCCUACAGCCACACCAUCACCACCCAUUUCUGCCACUGAAUCACCGGUUCCGGCUACCGCACCACCAUCCUUGUCAACCGCUUCCGCCACACCGCCACCAAUUAGUCCCCAACCUCCUUGUGUUCUUCACACCAAGGUUCUUCACGUCAUACUGAGACCUGCACAACACAAAGCCCGUUUCAACUCUAUCAAUAACCAUUUCAGCAACCAAAAUGACAUCCUUCCCACCCUUGUCAACGCCCCCAUCAAACAAAUUGCAAUCCCCACAUCCCCGACACCGUCACAAAUCCAAUUCCGGAGCUAG